AUGUCGUCCUCCCCCGCCGCAAAAUCCCCGGCAAGCGGCUCUGCCACGGGAAAGCCCGAGAAACCCCGUCUGUCCGAACAGGAGAAGAAGAACAACCACAUCGCCUCCGAGCAGAAACGCCGCCAAGCCAUCCGUGACGGUUUCGAUCGCCUUGCGAACGUCGUGCCCGGAAUGGCUGGCCAAGGGCGAUCCGAAGCCGUCGUCCUCCAAGCGACCAUUGAGUUUCUCCGUCAGCAGCUGGUCGAACGCCAAGAUUAUAUCGACGAGCUCCGCAGCCGUGGAGUCAAUGUCGAAGGCUAUGUCGUCAACGGCGUCGAUAUCAAUCGUCUUCGUCAAAUUCUCGGCUCCAACCUCCACGGCUUCAAUGGCACCGGCAUAUAA